AUGGAACUUGCCUUGCUACACACAGUCAAUUAUAAUGAAAUCGCCUAUUUGAAUAAUUUAAUAAAGGAGAUCAAGAUGAACAAUCUUAAAUUCCUACAACUAUUUACAUUAGUUGAUUUGGUUUUUUUUCAGGGCUGUGCCAUGGACUACGCCGAGAUCGGAAAUGGAGAGCAAUCCGAAAACGGAGGAUUCAAUCCAGAUGCAGGAGUUUACGAAGGCUCGAACUAUGUCCCGGAGGGAGAGUUUUCACUGCUGAAUAACGUAUUAGGGGACGGAUUAUCGAAAGAGAAUGAUGUCGGCAUAAGUGCCCUGGCGUUUGACUCUCACGAAGAGCUACUGUGGAUGGGCACGAAAAGCGGGCAUGUCACUUCGUAUUAUGGGCCACAACUACAGAAGUACACAUCGUUUCAAGUCCAUCCAACCGAGGAAGUUCGAAAUAUUGUGACCUUGGAUCAAAACGUGCUCGCUCUCACCCAAUCUUCUCUUCGAGGUCAAAUUCGACGAGGGAUCCCCGUCUUUACUCACACUUCCAGUAAUCUCAUUGACAUGCAUAGUCUACUCCAAAAUCCGCGAACGGGGCGAAUCUUAAUGGGAGGCAUUCAAGAUCGCUUGAUUGACUUCGAUGUGACCUCCUCCAAAGAGUUUAAGGUGCAUCAGUUGAGUGCUGGAGGGUCAUGCGCCAUUCUGAGGAGUCAUAAUCGCUUCAUUUGUUGCGGAGAUGCUUCGAACGGGAAAGUGAUGCUCCGAGAUCCUGCCUCUUUGAGAGUUACCCAAACUUUGGACGCGCAUUCUGGAUACUUAACCGAUUUUGAUGUCUAUGGCAACCAUCUGGUGACUUGUGGCCAAUCUAUUCGACAAGGCAUGGCCCAGCCUGACCGUUUCCUCAUGAUGUAUGACCUCCGAAUUCUUCGCGCCAUCAAUCCGUUGCAAGUCAUGAUUCUUCCCUAUCAAUUGCGCUUCCUGCCCACGCUAUCGUCCCAAGUGGCCGUCCUGUCGAGUAUGGGCCAAGUUCAGUUGGUGGACACCGCCGAAUUGGCCACUCCGAACAUCAACAUCUUUCAGGUUGCGGUGCCAAUCGAGGGUUGCAACACAAUUUCGAUGGACAUUUCUCCGUCUCGUCAGUGUAUGGCUUUUGGAGACACUACGAACUCCAUUCACUUAUACUCGUCCUUGGCAGAGCCCGUGCUCAAUCCCUAUGCCCGGGAGACGGAAUUCGCAGACACGCCUGCCAAUCAUACUCCUAUCAGUAUUGAGGAUGAAAUGGCCAUAUACUCGUCCAUUCCCCGACCCAAUUUGCCACCUGGUCAGACCACAUAUCUGUCCGACUAUUGGCCCGAUCGGUUCUGUAAGGCAGGAUAUCGCCCCACGCCUGUGAUCGAUCCGGAGAUCUUGCGAACAAUGAAAGUGGUUGGUUCUAUCGGGUAUGCCAGAAACAUUGGCAAUGUGAAACGCAACCAAAUGCGUUACCCUCAUAUUCAUACCAAAGAUGCCAAAGGGGACUUCAGAGAUGGCCAAUCCGAAAAGCAUAGUCCUGGUUUGAUGAGUAUUCCGAAGACGUAUCGCAAAAUCGCCAUCAAGAUCACCAAAAUUGGACAAGACGAAUUCGACUUCGACCGGUACAAUCGAACCGGCUUUUGUGGUCUGGAGGCAGCCCUGCCCAAUUCUUAUUGCAAUGCCAUGCUACAAACCCUCUACUACACCGAACAUGUUCGCCUUCUCACAUUGAAUCACACUUGUGUUCGUGAAAAUUGCGUCGUGUGCGAACUCUCGUUUCUCUUCCAUAUGAUGGAUAUCAGUCCGGGGAUCCCGUGUCAAUCGAGCAAUUUCCUGCGAGCUCUUCGUACCAUCCCGGAGGCCAGUGCCUUGGGUCUUGUGUUCUCGGAUCAGCAUUCCAUGUGGGCCUCGAAUGUACCUAGACUCAUUCAAAGUUGGAACCGAUUCAUUUUGCACCAGAUCGCCAAUCAGCUCAACGUUCAGGAAUUGGGUUUACCCUCGACUACUCGACGGAAUCAUACCAAUUCGGGUGGCUCGGACAAGAAAGUGCCACUUGUAAAAGCGACCUCGAUAGAAAGCGACGAUUCGGUGGACAAAGUGGACACCGCGGCAUCGGAUACCACGGCCACCGAAAAUGACGUGUUCAAGUUCAAUCGAAUGUUUGGCCUAAAGCAAGAAAAGGUGAAUGUGUGCACAAAGUGCAAGACCACAAAUUCCACCCAAGACACCUUGCUUUUGUGUAAUCUCAAUUAUCCGGAUGGCAAAGCGAGUGCCACCUUCGAAGAUGUGGUGUGUUCGUCUUUGUGUCCAAAGCAAAUGACACCGGCUUGGUGUGAGAAGUGCCGCAAGUACCAGCCCACCAAUCAGAAUCGCAAGCUGCUCUCUCUGCCAUAUCACUUGUCUCUGAAUGCAGGCCUAGACAAUCCUCAAGAUAUCGCCUUUUGGAGUACCCAAAUGAAUCGCUUGUUUUUGGAGCACUGCAAGGAAGAAGAAUUGUCUCCCAAGGCACCGUCUCAGUCAAUACCACCUCCAAAUGCGAAGCCUUGUCGUUAUGGUUUGUCGUGCAAUCGGCCGGAUUGCAAAUUCUGGCAUCCGGAGCAAGAAGUAGCGAUUAAAGAGUCCGAAGACAUUGGGGACAAGUUGCACCGCUUAGGAGUGUCUUGGAUUCCUGAGAAGAUCCAACUCAAUCGCUUGGCUAAUGGAGAGGUCCGAAGCACCUCGACCGUUCAUGAAGAGGAGACCGACGACGAUGACGGCAACGACGACGACGAUAAAGAAGUGGUUGAGGCUUGCAACUACCAUUUGCAAUCCAUUUGUUAUACGAUUCUGGAUCCGCUCAAUAGCCAAGCUCAUAAUGUGGUUGCUGCCAUAAACGUUGGUCCGUUCUAUCACUCAAGGGUGGCUUCUGCAGUCAGUCAGUGGUACACGUUUAACGACUUCAGUAUUAAUCCAAUUAUGCCCUCAGAAGCUCGCUGGGUCAAUUUGACUUGGAAAUUACCGUGCAUUUUCGUCUUCCAAUGUGAAGAGCAGCCUAAAAUUUUGAAAGAGAUAGUUCUCAAGAACCCUAUCACACAGGAGAUAUUUAAGAAGGAUCGCUCGCUUGUGUCACGAGGAGGCAGAAAGCGGAUCACAUUCACCCCUUUGUCUCCGGAAGAGAUGCCCAAGAGUGGAGAUCUAGUGGCCAUCGACGCGGAAUUUGUGACUUUGAAUCAAGAAGAAUCUGAAUUGCGAAGUGAUGGUAAAGUGUCCACCAUAAAGGCAGCUCACAUGUCUGUGGCAAGAAUCACUUGUGUCCGAGGUUCGGGUGAAAUGGAAGGAGUACCUUUCAUCGACGAUUAUAUCUCCACUCAAGAGCAAGUGGUAGAUUAUGUAACAAAAUACUCUGGAAUCUUGCCAGGCGAUCUGGAUGCCAAUUCUAGUUCCAAACAUUUAACCACUUUGAAGUCGACCUACAAAAAACUCCGUUACCUGGUUGAUAUGGGUUGCAUUUUCAUAGGUCACGGUCUCAAGAAUGACUUCAAAGUGAUUAAUCUUGUUGUCCCAGUAGAACAGGUGGUGGAUACGGUGCUGUUAUUUCACCUUCCUCAUAAUCGAAUGAUUUCGCUGAAAUUCUUGGCUUGGUAUUUCUUAAAAAAGAAGAUCCAGGGUGCCACUCAUGACUCAAUCGAGGACGCUGUUACGGCUCUCGAACUCUACAAAAAGUACCUUGAACUGAAGAAAAGCGAUACCCUUAUCGAAGAGCUCAACAAUUUAUACGACCGGGGCAAGGUUUUGAAUUGGAAAGUCCCAGAGGAUCAAGAGUGAUCGCCAUGAUCUGAAGUUGAAUCGAAUAUUUUCAUACAUGCUCAUAUGUACCAUUAAUCAUUGUCAUUCAUUAUCUUUCAUCUCGUACCAACAUGACAAUUGGUACCCUCCAAGUUAUACGUAUAUUUAAAUGUAAUUCACAACCCAAAAUUGA